AUGUCUGCAUCUACGAAAAUACCGAGGGCCCUAACAUCGUCCGGUAUCCGGCUGCCGCCCCUUCCGACCAUCCGCGAUCUGGUAAAGCUCUACCAGCUACGUGCCAUCAAACAGCUGUCGCAGAAUUUUCUCAUGGACGAACGGUUGACGGAUAAGAUCGUGCGAGCGGCCGGCAACAUACGCGACCAUUACGUGCUCGAGGUAGGACCCGGCCCGGGCGGUAUAACUCGUUCGAUCAUACGUAAAAAUCCCCGGCAUCUGGUGGUGGUCGAAAAGGAUCGUCGUUUUUUGCCCACGAUGGAAAUGCUGGCCGAAGUAACGCAACCGUUUAUGCGGAUGGAUAUCGUACAAGGCGACAUACUGGACUACAGAAUCGAGAAUGCCUUUCCCGACUGUACGCAGCACGAUUGGAUGGAAAAGAAUAGGGCGCCGGUACAUUUGAUAGGAAACCUUCCAUUCGCUAUCUCCACGCGGUUGCUGAUCAACUGGCUGCGAGACAUGAGCCUUCGGACUGGUGCUUGGUCAUACGGACGGGCCAGUUUAACACUUACCUUUCAGAAAGAGGUGGCCGAGCGAAUCGUGGCCCCAAUUCUGUCCGACCAACGGUGCCGCUUAUCGGUAAUGAACCAAAUCUGGAGUACUCCAGACCUGCGGUUCAUGAUAUCGGGACGCGCUUUCGUGCCGAAACCGGAAGUGGACGUAGGGGUGGUAACGAUUGUUCCGUUGCAAACACCCUUAACGCAAGUUCAUUUCGACACGGUAGAAAAGGUGAUCAGACACAUAUUUUCUAUGCGGCAAAAGUAUUGUCGCCGCGGUGUGUCCAACCUGUAUCCACCAACGGUGCGCGAAGAGCUGACAGAGCGGACGUUUAAGCGAGCGGAAGUUGAUCCACUGGCACGUUCGUUUCAACUGUCGGUGGCCGAAUGUUUGCGUAUUGUGGAAGCGUACGAUGAUUUGGUUCGGCAAUAUCCGGAAAUAGCCAGCUACGAUUAUCGUGCCCCGAAAGUCAAAGGAACCGCUUUGAACAGUGAUGGACAGGAUAGUGAAACGGAGCGAUGA